GUAUUGUUUACAAAUCCAGUAAAUAAUUAAUGUGAAUUAUUUCUAAGUAAGAUGUAUAUUUGUGUGUGCUCAGAGUAAUUACUAUCGAUAAGUUUAUAUAUAUAUUGAUGUAAUUUCUUUAAUUCUUUGACAAUUCAUGUAGCUUGUUGAAAUAAGACUAGACUAAUUUAUUGUAAAGUUGUAUAUAAUUGAAGAGCGUAAUAAAAGAAUAAUAUAAUUAUUGAUUUCUUGGAUUGUUUUCCCAUGGAUAUUUUAACAGAUACAUUACAUCCACUACAUAGGAGAUACCCUGAGAUAAAUUUAUUUUUCAUCAAAAUAAAAUCCAUGGUUUCUCAUUGAUAAACUAAAAUUUCCUUUGAUGGAUACCUAUAUAAUUGUCCUCAGUACAAUUAUAUGUAUUAUAUUUCUAUUUUAUGCAUGUAACAAUUAUAAGCAAUGACAUCUAGUUCAUCUCCAAUGCACAAUAAUUGUAAUAGCAGUUUUAAUGAUAGCGGCUCUAUCAACGGGAUUUUGUGUAGAACCGGAAGUCUUGGAUUUAUUGAUGAAGUGCUACGUUACUCUGGCACUAAACAAUAUAUAUUCUUACAAGUUCAUGUUUGUGCAAUUCACCAAGUGAUUGUAGGAGAUAUAUCAGAUUUUCAUGAAGCAGAUGCUUUGAGCUAUAUUGAUAGAUAUUAUAAAAAAAGAAGAGCUCAUUGUACUGCAGCUUUACUAGAAGAUCGAAUUUGUUUACGACGUGUUAAACAGUCAGGAAAAAUGCCAUUUCAUCCAUGGAUUGUAUAUAAUGAAAUAAAGUAUGCAUUCAUAAGCCGGAAACGACCUGAAUACUUUGUCUUGUGUAUCGAUUCAAAUCAUGACCGGAGAAAAUACUAUGAAAUAUAUAAAUGUAAAUCAGCUGAUGAUGUUAAACAAAUUGAAGAGAAGAUAAAAGAAGCAAUGAGGGAUCCUGAUAAGUUACUACGUAAAAUGCAUAUUUUAAGCCGUAUUAUUUUACCUCCUGGAAAUAAUGUAAAUCAAAAAGAGUUGGUUCCGAAAAUUAUGGUAGAAGAUGUAAGUAAAUUAAAUGGUGAUGAAGAUAAUAAAAAUAUUUAUAGUAAUAUUCAUAAUAAUAAUAAUCGUAAUAAUAAUAAUAAUAAUCGUAAUAAUAAUAGUAAUAAUAAUAAUGGUGGUGGUGGUAGUAGCAGUAAUGAUAAUAAAAGUGGUAGUGCUGACAAUGAAAUUAAUGUCAAGAAACACAAAAAAUCUACUAGUUCCUUAAGCCCUGUCACACCAAUGAAAGACUUAACUCUUGAAUCAUUGAAUGAAAAUUAUGUUGUAUCUAGUCUUUCAAUCACUCCUAUCGAAUUUCUUCAUCAUUCACCUGAAUCAUUAAUUUAUCAAAUAAAACAAAGUGUAUACGAACCAUCUCAGAAUACACAUUCACUGUCCCAUUCUAUAUCAUCAGAAAGUGGAGAUAUUCAUCUUGAAACUCGAAUUAAUGAUAUAAUAGAUAAAAUAACAUUUAUUAAUCAUGAUCCACUAAAAGGAUUAUAUGAAAGUCAAAAUGGAAAUUUUUAUAUGUUUCUAGACCGUCAAGAAUUUCAUUUGAAUAAAUUCAUUGAUAGAGAAGAGAGUUCUAUCGUAUCUAAUCAUAAAGAAUGAAAACUUAACAUUAUCACUUAUUAUCAAAGAAUUAUAAAUAUAUUUCUUAUUACUUCUUCUUCUUCUUCUUAUGUUCAUGACAAUCAUUACAAUAGUAUUUUCUUCAUGAUUAAUAUGUUCUGUUAUAAUGUUCAUUGAUACAAUACUGACCUAUCCUUUCAUGAAGUAUUUAAACUACAUUGAAAAUGAUACAAUUUGAUAAUAGAAUGAAUAAAUCUUUAACAUGAUAAACAUAUGCUGAAUAAACGAAGAGGUAUUUAAGAAAAAAAGAAAAAAAAACAGUAAAAAGAAUAAUAAAACUGUUUGACAGUCAUUUCGUGUUCCAAGAUACAUUUACAAAACGUUCUCUUUGUGUGACCAGCGUAAUCCACGUCAAAAGAUCAAGUAGACUAACAAAUUGAGCAUAAAGUGGAAAACUAUAUUUAAUAUAUUCAUGAAUGACAGGAUUGAUUGAGAAGUCGGUACGAUGCUUCGCAGAAUGGGUUUUUCAGUCUCUCGACAUUUCUAUAACCGUAGCCCCCUAAAACUUGAUAUUCAAGAAACGAUAUUUCUUUAGAAAUCUCAGAGAUCUGUCAGGUCAUAUUUUCAAUCUGAGAUCUUUACCCAUGAACCUGGAUAUGAUGUCAACAGAAAAACAAGGAAGCCAUGGCAGACAACGGUUAAGUGGAAUCUUCGAAAAGUAGUUAUGUACGAAUUUUCAAAAGAUUAUGUUUUCUUGGAUUUUGAACAGAACCUUGUAUGACAUUCAAACUAAUCGAUGUUCUUUAUGAUUCUUUGAAUGUUUCAUCUGAUAAAUGGAUCAAAAUUAGAUAUUGGAUACUGAAAUAAGAUUGCGUUAUUCUAAAACAUUGCUGCAAACAAAAAGUAAGAAGUUUCAAGGUUUGCAAGAUUUGGAAAACGAUUUGGCUAUGUCGACAACAAUCCGAUCGUCAAUAUCCCAGAUAAAAUCGAAAAAAUGAAAUGACUAUCACCAAAAUAGCAAGUGGAAUGAACUUUAAAAAUUAAACUCGCACUUAUUUGUUUUCAAUAGUUGAAAUCAUGAGUCAAUGAAAGCUAGACUAUCAUGGAAGCCCUGGAAGCACUGGAC